UGGCAGCUUCCCCUGUCUCUAAUCUAUAUUGGACCGUUAAGUUUAAUUAUAAUCUGGCUUUGGGGGUACUUAAAGAAGGAAAGGGGAGAAAGUUCGUUAUGACAUCUGUCGCCAGGAAGGGCAACUCACGGACACGUUAAGAAACAGUUGCCAUAAUGAGAAGGAAGGGGGAAAAAUAAUCCUAAUAAUAAAAGAACUGGGAGGAGGGGUGGAGAACGAGAUAGAGAGAGAUAACAGAUAGCCAGAAAGGCAAAGUAAAAGAACUGAUACGUCACGACGGAUCAAACAGCUACCGUUUGAUGCAGCUCGGGUGUCUGGAGUCCGUAGCCAAUUCCACUGUCGCCUAUUCCUCCUCCUCUCCUCUAACUUACUCCACUACUGGCACUGAGUUCGCUUCCCCGUACUUCUCCACUAACCACCAGUACACCCCGCUCCACCACCAGUCCUUUCACUACGAGUUCCAGCACAGUCACCCGGCUGUGAACCCCGACGCCUACUCUCUGAAUUCGCUCCACCACUCGCAACAGUACUAUCAGCAGAUCCACCACGGGGAGCCCACCGAUUUUAUUAAUCUGCACAAUGCACGGGCCCUCAAGUCCUCUUGCUUGGACGAGCAGAGGAGAGAGCUGGGCUGCCUCGAUGCUUACCGCCGCCACGACCUGUCUCUUAUGAGCCAUGGAUCCCAGUAUGGGAUGCAUCCAGAUCAAAGACUCCUGCCAGGACCCAGCCUGGGGCUGGCCGCCUCGGGAGCAGACGAUUUGCAGGGAUCAGUGGAUGCCCAGUGCGGGCUCGUUCUUAAUGGACAAGGUGGAGUGAUAAGAAGAGGUGGAACUUGUGUGGUUAACCCCACAGACUUAUUUUGCUCUGUCCCUGGUCGCUUGUCACUACUGAGUUCCACUUCCAAAUACAAAGUAACCAUAGCAGAGGUCAAGAGGCGCCUCUCACCUCCUGAAUGCCUCAAUGCUUCCCUCCUGGGAGGUAUUUUGAGAAGAGCAAAAUCCAAGAAUGGGGGACGAUGCUUGAGAGAAAAACUGGAUAGGCUGGGCUUGAAUUUGCCAGCAGGGAGAAGGAAAGCCGCCAAUGUCACCCUCCUAACUUCCUUAGUAGAAGGAGAAGCUUUACAUUUGGCUCGGGAUUUUGGCUACACUUGUGAAACAGAGUUUCCAGCCAAGGCAGUAGGAGAACAUCUUGCCAGACAGCAUAUGGAACAGAAAGAACAGACAGCAAGGAAAAAGAUGAUUCUAGCUACAAAACAAAUUUGUAAAGAAUUCCAGGACCUUUUGAGCCAAGAUAGAUCACCACUUGGAUCAUCCAGACCUACUCCAAUAUUAGACCUCGAUAUCCAGAGACAUUUAACACACUUCAGCUUGAUCACUCAUGGCUUUGGGACUCCAGCAAUAUGUGCAGCCCUAAGCACUUUCCAAACUGUCCUUAGUGAAAUGCUGAACUACUUGGAAAAACACACGGCACACAAAAACGGUGGAGCAGCGGAUUCUGGCCAAGGACAUGCCAACUCGGAGAAAGCCCCCCUGCGGAAAACUUCAGAGGCUGCCGUGAAAGAGGGCAAAACAGAAAAGACAGACUAGCUACAUCAAACAGAAUCUAUUUCCAGAGAGUCUUGCUGCUGAUAUUUUUUUCUAAUAUAUAUAUCAUUGAGGGUGACUAAUCUUCAGUGGACCAAAUCUCUUCCCUCCCUUACCCCUCUGAAAAAAAAAGGAAAUGAAACAAAAAAAGGACAAAACAAAACAAAACAUACAAAAAAAAAAAAAGGAAAACAGCAGUGUAAUUGUGUGAUGAAAUUGUCACCUUUUUUUUUUAAUUUUAUGUUGCGAUAAACUCCUUUUGUGCACGUAUUUUAUUGUUCCAAAUUAUCCUCAUCACAGUUUUAAGCACUUCUGGACUUUGGAGAGGCAACACGCGCUUUUUCACAAGCUAACUGAUGCACUUUCUCAACCAAACGUGUAGUUAGGGAUCAGGAAGCAUGUCCAAAAUGGGAACCACCACCAGCUUUUAUGGCUCCAGCAGUUCUCUUGACUUUAACCUUGUAACAAAAGAGUGCCUCUUUCCACUAAACAAACCAAGCCAGCAAUCAAUCCAUCAAUAAAUGUUUUGGAAACCUGAAAAAGGAAAGUCAUGCUGUUUUCUGUCCUGUGUAAUAAUAGCACAUCUUCUGAAAGUGUGAUCACCUCUAGCAAUCAGUGCCUUGGUGGUAUUUUUAAAAUUUCAGAGAUCUAGGUCCCUUUUACCUCUUGCCUCAAAGCCAGGUUGAGUUUCCAGUAGCUUAAGAUGAGAACCAUACAACGCAACACUGAAGUGAGAAGGAACCUCUCUCCCCAACUAUUCACAUCGUAAGUCAAUAAAAUACCCCACGGUUAAUAGGAUUGGGGUAACGAAUAAGGAUAAGGUAAACUCCCUAUAUCCAAGAGUUAAUAUACAAUAAAGUGGAAAGUUGUGGCAUCCCCUUCUCUGGAAGUGUUCGGGAAUGUGAUAGGCAAUAAAAGAAACAUGCAGAGACAGCUAUUAAGAGAUAGGGGAAUGAAUGCAGGUGAGAGAAGGUAGACUCUGGACAUACCUUUGAGCCCAGUAACUUAAAAUUGUACAAUGAAGAUGAGAGCUCAUCUCUUUCUAACCUUUGCCCUUCUGUGUCCAUCCCAAUAUUUGAGUUCCAACAUUGCAGCAAAACUUUCAUAGGAACAAAAGUAAUCAGGUCAGGCCUGUGUUCAGAAAAGUGAGAAACUAAAUCGUUGAAGAAACCUUUUGCUUCUAAGAUGCCUCCCUUUUUUCACAGCUUGUUCCUAAAUCUUCAUUGUCUUUCUGGUAAAACAAACAAAAAGAGCAAAAACAACAAACAAAACUCAUAACAGAUUCCUCAGCCAAUCCCACAACAAAAGGCAGUGAAAGGAUCUGUCAGCUAAUAGAAAGUCUGGCCUAGAAAAGCCCAGGUUUUUAGAAAAAUAUGAUUGAUAAUAUAUUAACCCUUUUGCUGUGAACAUUUUGUAGAUCCAGUCUAAUGAACAUGGAGGACAUUCUUUAUGUUAACAAAUACAUGUAUCUAAUAUUUCCAAAAUAUAAAAAAACCCCAACAGUAGUUUAGCCUGAACAUUCACUUCCCUUAAGAAUAUCUUUUAAGUGGUAAAAAAAAAAAAAUAGCUUGCAUUUAAACAACACCAAGGUUACAAAGUGCUUGAUAUUAUCUCACUUGAUUUUCUCAACAAUCAUGUCAGGUAGGUAAUAAAAGUAUUAUACCCACAAGAUUAAGUGAUUUACCGUAGGUAAGCUUACAAAGGGAACAUUUGCUCUUAGCCAAACAAAAAGAAUGGACUCAGACACCAGAAGACAAAUGUAUCUUUAAUAGAACAGAGAGAAGACUUAGAAACAUAAAUUAAUCAGCUGUGAGACUCAAGGGGAACUAUUUUAUCAAGGCCAGAUAACUAGUUAGUGACAGGCAAGGCUCAAAUUCAGGGAAGGGGAACAAGAAUUCCAUUAAAGACCCAGUAUGUGCCAGGCACAGUGCUACUUGAUUUAUAAAUAUCAGGGCUUAUAAUUUCAAGGCCAGAGCCCUUUCUAUUCCACCACACCCACAUCCCAUGUUUCCUCUAAAAGUUCAUGCUCUAUUACCACACCCAUGGUUCUUGAUAUAAUCUAGCAAAAGAUCGAUCAACAUUUUGAACAUCAGGAACACAUACAAAUAUCUCUUAAAGCCAUUUAGCCCUUUACAAUUCUAGCCUUGCAUUGAAAGUAGGCCACACAACCAAGUGAAACUAUAUUUCCCAGUUGCCCAAAGAGCCAAAGUGGGGAGUUUGAAAUAGAGAAAUAUUCAAACAAACAUUUGUGACUCCAUCGUAUAUGAUUCUAUCUUGUAAAGACAAGAUAGAAUCCUUUCUCCGGCCUCACUCCCACCUUUUUCUUUAAUUUCUGGCUUUAAAAAAAGUAAUGGCUUUUAAAAUAAUUGAUUAUUUUUCCAACUAAAUGGAAAAAAACAAACAUUCUACUUCUAUCAUUUUUUUCUCAUUCAGAAAAGACAUUCCAAGAAUUUACAAUUCCCACAUGAAGCAAAAAUGAUAAAUGAUUCAGUAUAAUAAAUGACUAUAAAAUACAUGUAUAAUGUAGAUUACUAAGUAUUGCUAUAUACUUUAAUGUCCUCUUCCUGCUAACUCUUAAAAUUUUAUAUUACAACAUUUCAUAUGCAUUUGACAUGAAAAAUAACAAUGCAUAGGCCUAUCAUGUCAAAAAAUCCACCAAUUAUACAUUAACAGACAACAAAUUAACAGAUUAUACUUGUGUUAGUGCUUCUGUUUUCAAUCUAAUGUUUUCUUUAGUGAAUAGUUAAUCUUAGCAUAUCAAAGCACUAAAAAGUAUAAGCUUUGGGUACAAAAGAAUGAAUAUAAAUAUAGGUCUAGCUGCCAGAUAUUUUUCCUUAAAAUCCCUAAUGGGGACAGGAGUUGUCAAUUACCUGCACAAACCAGUAGGACAUGUUGUUUCAUGAAUUUGGGCCCUGAUGUUUUCAGGUAUUCACUCUUUAAAAAAAAUUUAGGAAUCGUUUUAUUAUAUUCUCACCCAACUACAACCAAAGGAUUCUUUAUAAGUUUUUAUAGGUUUGAUAUAUCUGAUCUGCUUAUUCCAUUAUAUUCAAUUUUUUUCCUCAAUAAGGAAAUAUUAUAGCACACAUUGCAAAUAGACGCACUUCAAGGUAGACCUACAAAAAGAAAUAUACACACACACAAAUAUACACACAGAUACCAGCAGAGGUAAAAGAACAGAUUCUGGCACUAGGCUACAAAUGUAUAUUUAAUAGAAAAGGAAGGUGAUUUAGAAAUAUAAAUUUAAAUUCUACUUGUAGCUACAUUGGACAGCUUUUAAAUCAAUAAGUAAUAUAAAUAUUUUUAAAAUCAUCCAAAUGUCAUCUAUCCUUUGCUCAUCAAAAUGAUAUCUACUCAUAUUUACACAAACUUAAUACAGAAAAAUGAGUAUCACUUCAUUUAAAUUCCUUAUUUCCAAGGUAAAAAAAUAUUCAUUAGUUAUAAGCCUACAUAUAGGAAUAUCUGUGGUGGUGGCUUAUUAAGAAUACUUCAGUGCUUGUUUUAGAAAUCACUGUUCCGGCUACUCUGCAUUGAUACAUUUUGACAUGCUUGGUGAAGGGAAAGUAAACCCAAACUUUUAAAUUACUCAAUAUUUGUUCUUGGUUGGGAAAGAGCAAGGGUCUAGAAAGAGGACCAGUCUACACACCUCCCUUCCUUUCAAAUGCCUUAAAAAAAUAUAAAGCCAAUUUCGCCUGGCUUCCUGAUUCCUUUUCCCCUUUUCUUCUCCUUUAGGAAUAGGUUUUCUUCACCAGCCUGGACUGGAGCUUUUGUCUCAUUAGAAGCAGUAAGAUUUCUGCUCAAGGUGUGAAACUGACUGUUUGUCACCUGGAUGU